UUCUGCUCCGAUGCAUUUCUGUGGAACCUUUCCAGAGUCCGCUCUUGUUUUGCAUGAAAUGUCUUCGUUACCAGGAAUGGUCCCGCAAAUGAUGCGCCCGGCUCCCAGACAGAACUACCAGCGCACUGGACUCCCGCUGGACGUGUCCACUGCUCUCGGGCAGGGACGGGUCAACCAGCUGGGAGGUGUUUUCAUUAACGGCCGGCCUCUACCAAACCACAUCCGGCACAAGAUAGUGGAGAUGGCCCACCAAGGGGUCCGGCCCUGCGUCAUCUCCCGGCAGCUGCGCGUCUCUCACGGCUGCGUCUCUAAGAUCCUCUGCCGGUUUCAGGAGACGGGUUCAAUCCGACCAGGAGCCAUCGGUGGCAGCAAGUCCAGGGUCCUGCAGCAGUUAUCCCCGUCGGACGUGGAGACGCGGAUAGAGGAAUACAAGCACGAGAACCCCGGGAUGUUCAGCUGGGAAAUACGGGACAAGCUGCUGAAGGACGGAGUGUGUGACAGAGGCACAGUCCCUUCAGUGAGUUCGAUCAGCCGCGUGCUUCGAAAUCGAUUUGGGAGAAAGGAUGAGGACAAACGUGACAAAAAGGACGAAGAGGCAGAAAAACGAAACAACCACAGCAUAGACGGCAUUCUGGGCGGCAAAGGAAGCCAAAUGGAAGAAGUGUCGGAUGUAGAAUCGGAACCUGACCUCCGUCUUAAAAGGAAGAAGCGCAGAAGUCGGACAACCUUCACAGCAGAGCAGCUUGAGGAGUUAGAAAAGGCUUUUGAAAGAACACACUAUCCUGACAUUUAUACCAGAGAGGAACUGGCCCAGCGGACCAGGCUGACUGAGGCCAGGGUUCAGGUGUGGUUUAGCAAUCGCAGAGCCAGGUGGCGCAAGCAAGCAGGAGCCAGUCAACUAGCGGCAUUCAACAACCUCCUGCCCAAUGGAUUUUCUUCAACAGGGGUGUCAACGUUUUCGACAUAUCAGCUUUCAGAAUCAGGCUACUCCUCUCUGUCCCAUGAGAAUGAUGACACGGUUCAUCGUCCACAACCACUGCCUCCGUCCACUGUGCACCAAAUCGGUUUGUCCAAUGUGGACAGCGGUCCUGCCUAUGCUCUUUCCUCCAACUGCAAUGGGUUCUCCAGUUAUUCUGAUCCCUUUCUGAGCUCUGCAGCUCAGAGCAAUGCCAUUAACAGUGGACUUUCACAACAGGUUAUGAGCAUCGUGAGUAAUUCAUGUCGUGUUUCCUCAAAGCCACACCAUGACUUCAACCUGUCGCCUCGCCCAAGGUCUUUGGACUCUUCUUUAUCCAACAUCAUGGCCGCCAACGGCAGUCCACAGUCAGCAGAGGUCUCUGUUAAGAUGGCGGAGAGCUUUCAUUCAUCCGAAUCUUACUCCCCAACCACAUACGGCACCACCAGCUACAGCGUGGACCCAGUUGUGACAGCUGCCAGCUACCAGUACAGUCAGUAUGGUCAGACUGCUGUGGAUUACUUGGCAAAGAACAUUAGCCUCUUCAGUCAGCACAAGAUGAAGUUGACCAAUCACUCAGCUGUGCUGGGAAUGCUGCAUGUCAGUACUGGCCAGGCCUACUAGUACUUUAAAAAGAUGGCAGCAAACCUGGCCACCAGCAGCCCCUAUGACUCCUGCUGCAACACAAAACUCACACAGAGGUUUCCUGCCAAUGCGAGUGUUUUUUCCUGCAGACGAAGAGCCACAACACCUCUUGAAAUAUCUCUUCCAGUAAAUGUUUGGUUCUUGGUUUGGAGAGUUUAGACUCUCCGUGGUGGUUCACGGGGCACCAAUGCAGCUCUGCUGUUCUACAUUUGUAUUAAAUAUCUAUGUUUGUCUUGUUUGGUCUUUAAGGGAAAUGUAAAUGUUAUUCUUUAGGGACAUAGUGACCAACAUUCACAUAAAAUAACAGCAGGAAGGAAAGAGACAGUGAGCUGGAGUUAUUCCAGUGUUAAUUCAUCCUUCUCUUAAGUUGCACACCUUAACCUUUAAGCAAACUCAGUAGAAUCAAAACGAUUAAUAUCAAUAUUAAUUUGCUAUACAUAUAUAUUAAAUGUGUGUGCAACUGAAGAAAUUUUAAAUUCUGUGCCAGUAUUCCCAUUAUGUGAUUAAAGAUUUUUUUUUUAUUAUUAUUUAAAUGUUUUAUUUCUUAAGUGUGUAUGGUCAUCAGCCAGAACCAUCCCUAAAUUUAUACAAAAUUAAUCUCUUUAAGUUAAUCUCUAAUUUAUUUAAUAUUUGAUUGAUAGCAAAACAAAUAAUAUUGUUUUUGUACAAGUAGAUAUAAAUUCUGACAUUAAAGAGAUGUAUCCCAGAAGAGAUAACAUUCCCCCCCUUUUAUUUAUAUCAAUGCACUUGCACUCUUUUAGUUUGAAAAGGCUUUUGUUUUAAAAAAGGGAAGUGUAAUCCUCUCUUUGUAGCUUUAUUUCUGGCUUGAAGAGGAAGCGUGAUCUUUUCUUUCUAACUUUAAUUCUGAAUUCUCUCUGCACUUUGAAAAAGGAAGCGGCAGGCUGUGGACAUGCUGCGUAAACUUUGUCGAUGGGAGCACGAGGUGGAGAAUCUCUGUGGCUGUCUGUUGCUCUAUCCGUAUUGAUACCUCAUCUUGGUUAGAUUGCAUUUUAUUUUAUUUAUUUUAUUCUUUGCUGGAUCGGAUUCCUGGAACG